UGAGCCUUAGGGCUUAGCAGCCUGAGCAGCCCUGGGAUCUUGGAGAUGAGUGCCUGGGGGGUCCUGGGCCUGGGAGGCUGGGGGUCUGGGCUUUGAUCUGCAGCCUGUGCCUGGCUCUGGGUGUCCCGUGCCUUGAUUCUGAGCUGGUGGCCUGUUUUCCCAGUGGUUUCCAUCGAGAGCCCUUUGUUUACCCGGGUUGUGUGAGGCGAAGGCAUUGCCAAGGUCCUCCUCGGUGGAGCCUCAAGGAAGGGGUGAAACCAGACCCGCUGGGGGAAGCUUGGUUUGGGGAUGGUUUGGGUAGCAGCGUGUAAAUAAAUAAAGCGAUGUCACAGUGGUGUUUCCCUGGGGACAGUGACAGCUCCUGGCUCAAAGCUGUGGCAGGAGGAAACAAAAAGGAGUAAAGCAGGGAGCGUGUCACCUCCCGAGCUGGGAAGGGGGGUCAGCUCUCCCUGCGCCCGUGGAGAGGGCAUGGCUGCUUCUGAACAGCUGCUUGGCAGAGACUGGGAGUGUGUGUGUGGGGGGAAAUGAUCCCUCAGGAGCUGCCCAGUUGCUUCUUCAGGGUGCAGGGUGAGCUGAACCCCCAGCCUGAGCAGAAGGGGCUCUUCUGGGCUUGCGUGAUCUUCUGGCAGCCACCGUAUGGAGUGAAAGAGUGUGGGGAGUGGGGCUUUUCUCCUGUCUUAAUCAUCUGCUGGCUUUGAUGAGAGAUCCCCAGCCCCUAAAUGGGGCAAGCAGGACGUGGGCUGGCCGGUCAGGGCGUUAGGUCAAAGCAGUGAGGAGAUGGCUGCUGGUGCCAGGCACUGUGAGGAGUUCUCCUGGAGCCUCUGCAGGCCUUGUGUUCAGGUUGGGAAUACUUGUGUCGUGUGGGAAUACAGAGGAAGGUGUUUUGUCCCACUUGAAAAUGGUGACGUCUCUGUGCGCUGGCGUUUGUAGGACAGAGCCGGGAGCGGAGCGCGCGGUUUCCUUGCCGCACGAGGCUGAAUGUGCUCUCUGUGCCUUCACUUCUCCCCCUCUGCUGUGCUUCCAGGGGCCCCAUCUCUCUGCUCGAGCAUGAAGAGCACCCGCAGCAGCUCCUCCUUCCAGGGCACCGGUUCCGGCAGCGUGGAUCUGAGCCUGACGGGCCUCCCGGUGCCGGUCUUGCGGCGCCCCAGCAGCGCCUCUCCCGCCAAGCACAUGGCGCGCUCCAUCUCCGUCACCACCGAUGGAAAACCAAAGAGGAACGCUCUGGACGAUGCGGGAUCCCGGGCAAUGAACAACCUCCGGAGGUCCAACAGCACCACCCAGGUCAACCAGCGGGUGAACAGCACCCACAGCUCAGAGCAGACGGGAGACUUCCUGACCUUCCUUGAGAGCGGUUCUGGGGGAAGAAAGAAGGCGGCGAGUCUGAGCAAAACCUCCCCGGAAAAGAAAACCACGUGGAACAUCUUGGACGAUCAACCACGAGUGUUCCCGGGCCCCUCUGGCUCCCGUGGUGUUGAGCCACCAGUGGGCAUGAGGAGGAAAGAAGCCACCGUGCUCCUGGCAGCCAACUUCACUGCCAACAACAGGAGCAACAAGGGCGCGAUGGGCAACUGUGUCACCACCAUGGUGCACAACAACUACUCCACCACCGAGAAGGGUCCUGCGCCCAAAAGCUCCAACCAGGCACCCAGCUCCCUCAACAACGUUGUCAAAGCCACCUCAAACGAGGACGGUGAAAGCAGCAGCUUUGUGAAAUCUCAGAAGAAUUUCUCCAGCAACAACAUCAUGACCCGCAACAACAACAGCAGCCUGCCCCGGAGGAAGGAGGUGACGGAGGAGGAGGCAGAGAGGUUCAUCCAGCGGGUGAAUUUGGCCGCCGUCACCAUCCAACGUUGGUACCGACGCCACUCGCAGCGGCGCAGGGCGGGAGCAGCGGCUCUGGAGCGCCUGCUGGCUUCCAAAAGAGAGACACGCUCGUGGCCAGAGGAGGGAUACCCUGUCUCGGCUCGUCGUAGCGAAUCGGAAAGGCAGCAACGGAUGGAGGAAGGGAAUAUCCUGGAUUUGCUUGAGAAAAAGGAUGAGGAACGGCGGAAGAUCCGAGAGGAGAAGGCGCGUCUGGCCCGCCGUGCUGCCAUCCAGGAACUGCACCAGAAAAGGGCCCAAAAGGCUUUGGACGCAAAGCGGUUGGCAGAAGAAGAGCUUGCGCUGGUGAAGGAGAGCAGAAGGGUAGCAAAGAAGAAGCCUGCCAAACCUGCUUCUGCAAGGAACCUCAGUCCAGCCAGCAGUGUCACCAAAGCCAAUAACGCUGAGGCCAAUUUCCACCCAGUAGCUGCGGAGCCAGAAGAAAGUGGCCUUGCAGACCCCAGCUCUGUGCCCUCACGGGACCCCGGGGCAGAGGAUGAACUGCAGGACGUGAGCUCCAGAGAGACGGGUGGUGAGGAUCUGGAGACGGUGGUGACUGCUGUCAGCAGGGCUCAGUCCAAGGUCACCCUCAAUGAGCUGCUGGACACGCUCAGGCUGUUGGAAGAAGAGCCAGAGCUGCUGCCCCCACCGAAGCUCUUCAAGAAGGACAGAUAUGCCUGGGUAGACGGGCAGGAACCCAGCUCCAAUUCCCUGACUGCUGAUAACUUGGAGAAGUUUGGGAAACUGAACCACUCCCCGGGGGUCCCCGAGGAUGGGGCCCUGCUCUCGGAGGCCAAGCUCCAAAGCAUCAUCAGUUUCCUGGAUGAGAUGGAGAAGUCGGAACAGGAGAGGCCCAGAUCAGCUGCCUCGGCCACGCAGCGGGAGGGUCUCCUCUCGGAAGAGGAGCUGGCUCACUUGGAGCACGCCUCGGCUGUUGCCACGGAGGUCACCAGCUCCAUCAUGAGGCUGAAGCUGGAAGUGGAGGAGAAGAAGCGAGCCAUCAGCCUGCUGCAGACAGCCCUGGCUCAGCAGAGGGAACUGACUGUCCGGCACGUCAAACAGACCGAGGAGGAGCUUGGCCACCAGCUCAGGCUACAGAGGGAGCAGUAUGAGGCAGCUAUCCAGAGGCAUCUGACCUUCAUCGACCAGCUCAUCGAUGACAAGAAGGCGCUGAGUGAGAAGUGUGAGGCCGUGGUAGCGGAGCUGAAACAAGUGGACCAGAAGUAUGGCAAGAAGAUCACCCAGAUGCAGGAGCAGCACGAGCUGGUCUGGCGCACUUUGGGCCCCUUUUGCGAGGAGAUCAAGAAACUGAAGGAACUGAUGAGCGCAGCCGAGAAAAUCAAGCGGGAGAAGUGGAUUGAUGAGAAAACCAAAAAGAUCAAAGAAAUCACCGUGAAAGGGCUGGAGCCGGAGAUCCAGAAGCUCAUUGCCAAGCACAAACAGGACAUCAAGAAGCUGAAGAUGCUUCACGAGGCCGAGCUGCUGCAGUCGGACGAGCGGGCCGCCCAGCGCUACGGCCGGCAGGCGGAGGAGCUGCGGGACCUGCUGGAGAGGGAGAAGGAGGAGCAGAGCCAGCGGGAGAGGGAGCUGGCCCGGCAGCGGUGUGAGCAGCAGCUGGAGCAGGAGGAGCAGGCCCUGCAGCAGCAGCGACGCCGGCUCUACGCAGAGGUGGCCGAGGAGAAGGAGAGGCUCAGCCAGCAAGCAGCCAGGCAGAGAGCAGAGGCAGAGGAGCUGCGGCGGCAGCUGGAGGCCAGCAGCUCGGCCGUCACCAGGGCACUGAAGGAGGAGUACACAAAGGAGAAGGAGGAGCAGGAGAGGCGGCAUCAGGCAGAAGUGAAGGCGCUGAAGGAGCGGCUGGAGAUGGAGAAACAGGCCUGGGAGGCGAACUACGUGAAGAAGGAGGAAGCCUGGCUGCUCUCCCGGGAACGGGAGCUGCGGGAGGAGAUGAGGAAGGAGAGAGACAAAGAGAUCGAGUUGGUGAUCCAGCGCCUGGAGGCUGACAUGUCCUCGGCCAAGGAGGAGUGUGAGAGGGCAGCAGAGAACAGGAUUAAGAGGAUCCGAGACAAGUACGAGGUGGAGCUGCAGGAGCUGGAGAGGUCUGAGCGGAAGCUGCAGGAGCGCUGCAACGAGCUGAAGGGGCGGCUGGCGGAGCUGGAGGGCGAGAGCAUCCGUCUGCAGGGCCUGCUGAAGCACAAGGAGCAGGAGGUGGAGGAGAUCCAGAAGGUGAGGGACCAGCUGGUCCAGGAGCGGAGCGGCCUGGCAGAAGUGAUCCGGCAGGAGUUCACCGACAGGCUGGUGGGGACACAGGAGGAGAACAAGCAGCUGAAGGCAGAGAUGGUGGCCAUGAGGGCCCGGCAGCGCCUGGAGCUGGACAGGGUAGUGCGGGAGAAGGACAAAGAGCUGGAGGAGGUUCACAGGAGGGUGAAGACAGCGGUGGCGAGGAAGGAGGAGAGCGUGAGCAGCCUUCGGAAGCAGUACGAGGCGGCCGUGCAGAGGGCAGAGCACCUGGAAGCCCUGCUGGAGCAGCAGCGAAAGCAGCUGCUGGCCAACAACUGACCGUGCUGCUGGGGGGGCUGGGGGGGGAGCAGACACCCCUGAAGGUGGGACUGGGGUCAGGCUCUCCCUGCCCCCCCUCCUCUGCCCUGAUUUUUCACAUCCUGGUCCUGGUGCCGUGG